CUUGCCAAACGGAACCACCGGUCAAGGAAACCGGUGUCGCUUGAAUUAGCUCAUGUCCUCAAAUCUCCAAACACGUUCGACGUUCACCUUUGAAGGGUUUUGUGAAAAUAGCUCAUGCUAACAAACGCUUUGCACCUCGUUAUGCUCCUGAAGUAAUUUGUGAAAUGCAAUUAAAUAACAUUACAUUGUAAGAAACUGAGACUUGGAAGCUAACGUUAACUUGAGGCAGCAAACGCUGACUGCUCACGUCACUGAGCUCACUGCUCAGUGACGUUUGGUGGUGGCUCACACCGUCGCUAACGUAUUCCGUCACACACUUUAUUUCUCUUUUCUUUUCUCUUCCAUUCACUGAAAUUGGUGAGAAAUGAUUUGUGUUGUGCACAAUCCACAAUCUGUUUUGUUGUUUUCUUCUCCUCUGACUCCCCGUGUGAAUUUUCUCACGGCGCCUCAGAGUCUCAACCGAGUUUGAGAGAAACGGGAGACUUGAGGGCUCAAGUCGCCAUGUACCUGGGGAUCAGAAAGGGGAAAUGAAAGACGGUAAGCCCCGCUCCCUCAGAUUCACUUGGAAUAUGAGAACCACCAGCUCCAUGGAGCCCUGCGACAUCAUGAGGGAGAUCCGCAAGGUGCUCGACGCCAACAACUGCGACUACGAACAGCAAGAGAGUUUCCUGCUCCUCUGCGUCCAUAGCGACGGGCGGGUCGAGAACCUGGUCCAGUGGGAGAUGGAGGUCUGCAAGCUCCCCCGUCUCUCCCUGAAAGGCGUCCGCUUCAAAAGGAUAUCCGGGUCGUCCAUCGCUGUCAAGAACAUUGCUUCCAGAAUAGCCAACGCCUUAAAACUAUGAACAAAAGGACUUAAAAGAUAAGUAAAAAAAAAUCUAAAUCAAAUCUAUAUUCAGAGGUAUUUAAGCUGUACAAUCAUCCAAGUAGCAGUUUCCAAAUGUCUCCGUUUUGUCCCCUGGG